AUGUCUCUUUUCAAAAAAGACCCGGGGCUGAAAUCGCUUUCCAAUCUCAAAUCUUCAGAGCGCAGAAAGCUGUACGCUGCCAUUUGCAGCCAGUACGGGCUGAGUGAGGAGGCUCUAGCUAGUGACGGUGUUGCGUCGCUCGUGUUGCCUCCAGAGGUCAAAUACGCUGCAUUCAAGUCUCCCCAUGCUCAGGGCACGCUGUAUACCGAUCUGGAGGGCGUGCCCAUUUGGUUCCGAACACGGGACUCAGAACUAGUUCCAACGCUUUUUACAUUGUGGAAAUAUCCUUACAUUGUGCCAAUUGUCAACACCCACGAGUACGUUAUAGAGCGACUUGUCAACGGCUCGAAUCUCAUGCUUCCAGGCACGAUCCCUCCGUUUCCUGACGACGCCAAACGGGGCAAAGUUGUAGCUGUGGGUGACUACAAAAAGCCCAAUGUUGCUGUUGCUGUUGGAUACUGCCAAAUGGAUUUAGGCGGUAUGACAGAGGUCGUUGGAACGCACGGCGUAGCCGUUGAGAUACUGCACGUCUACCAAGACUGGCUGUUUAGCAUGGUUAAGGGAGCAAAGAUUCCAGACAAGGUUGAUGUUCUGCCAACUAAGGCACCUCUUCAGGAACAGCAGCCUGAGGAAGAGACAUUGGAACAGGCUACACAGCAAACUAAAGAAAUGGAUAUCACGACAUCGUUGUCCGUCGAGGACAUGGACGACCUGUUCCUCCGAGCAACGCUGUAUUCGAUCAGCCAGGACGCUAUAGAAAUGCCUAUCAGCGCGUCGUUGUUCAUGUCCGGCCAUGUGUACAAGAACUUCCCUCCCGUGGACAGCAAUCUGAUCAACAUAAAAAAGACGUCGUGGAAAAAGACGGCGAAAUAUCUCAAAGCGAUGGAAAAAGAAGAUCUCCUCAAACUUAAAGGCAAGGGUGACGAUGUGGUGGUUGUGUCGGUAAACAAGGAGCAUGAAAAGGUCAGGAAAUUCGAGCCGUACAAAAUCAGGAGAAAUAAGUCCGGGGAGGCAUCAAACAAAAAUACAGACUCAACAGAGCUCCAAGUUACGCAGCUGUACAAAGCCCAUUCUUCAGCAUCUAAUUUUCUCCGUCUGUUGGACUCGUCGCAGGAUUACUACACUCUCCAAGAGAUCAAAGCAUUGGUUGGUAAAUACAUACAAACACGCCAGCUGGUGAGCAAAAACGACCCAAAAAGCAUCACCGCGGAUGAGCCUCUACAACGGCUGCUCAAAACUACCACGCUCGAGAGAGCCAAGGUGGUGGACGUUUUGGUGAAACAGCAUUUCUCGCCGUUUUAUAAGGUGAGUCGUGGAGAAGAGUCUACCAAGCCUAAGAAAGGACAGGUUCCUGUUGUCAAAAUUGUGGAAGAAAUGAAAAUCGGACGCAAAGUUAUCACCAAAAUCAUUGGCAUGGAGGAGUUUCUGAUCGACCCAGAAGAGGUCAGCUCCAUCCUGAAAGUGAAAUGUUCGGGCUCGACCACUGUCGCUAACAACGUUCAGAAUCCAAAGCUUGUGGAAGUCACUGUGCAGGGGCCGCAUUUCAAGACGGUCCAGGAUCUUCUUUUCAAACAGUACGGGUUGAAGCCAACAUGGAUCGAGUACGAGAACAAGCUGAAGAAAAAACGCUAA